AUGGAAGAUAUACAGCCUAUCUUAGCUGCUGAACAAGCGUCAUUCUGUAUGGAACUGAUGAAGCGGCUCAACAUUCAGCGAAAACAAGAUUGUUUGUGCGACAUUACUUUGGUGACGAACGACGACAGAGAGUUCAAAGCUCACAGAAAUGUUCUUUCCGCCGCAAGUCCGUUCUUUUGCAAGCUUCUUCAGAGCGACAUGAAAGAAAAUCGAGAAGGGAUUAUUCGGCUUGAGGAGAUUUCAGGAUCCGUUAUGGAAGAUGUUUUGGAAUUCAUCUACACUGGAACUGUGGAGGUGACUCAAGAGAAUGCCGAGGAACUGAUCGCCGCAGGAAAUUAUUUGAUCAUACCAAGCUUGAAAACAGCUUCAGGGCGUUUUUUAGAAGGAGAAAUGUCUGACAAAAAUUGUAUUUCAACGUUUUAUUUCGCCGAGAAAUACGAUUGUGACGAACUUAUCACCAACAGCAGACGUUUUAUUCAUAAAAACAUCGUUUCCGUGGCAAAACUGGAUGAAUUUUUGCACUUGGAAGCUGAAAAGAUCGCGAAGUGGAUUUCGUCCGACGAAAUUACAGUCAGUGAGGAAGCUGAUGUUUUUAAAAUCAUAUUAGACUGGGUAAACCACAGAAAGAGCGAGCGAAAAGCAGCAUUUGAAGAUUUGUUUCGUCACGUUCGACUAAGUUUUCUGUCGCGUGACUGUCUGGAGGAUGUCGUGACAAACGAACUGGUGCGUGAGAAUUUGGCUUGUGUGAAGCUGGUCUUGGAUGCAAUCGUACAGAUGGCUACCUUUGUUGAUGAAGACGAUUUUCUACAGUCACCAAGAGGAUGUCUUGAUACACGUGUCAUUGUUGCUCGUGGUGGCAAGCACACUUUUUGUUAUAUUCCUGAAGAAGACCUGUGGAAGCGCCUACCAGAUGGUCUGAAGGACAUUGACGCCAAUUUAACUCAGAUGAUAAAAUUUCGUGACCAGUUGUUUACAUUCACCAAUAAUCAAAAUUCAGAAAGAUAUGAUCCUGUUUUUAACGUUUGGUCUGAGCUGAACUUGAGCACUAAUUCUGCAAAGUUGGCCGUUCUUAAAGGAGAAAUUUAUGCUGUUGAAUUUGACACCAAAAACAGGACAACUGCCACGAAGAGGUACAAUGUAAAGCAGUAUGAAUGGGAGACACUUGACUCUUAUCAUAGAGAGUGUAGACAGGGUGCUUGUGUUAUUGCAGCUGGAAGCCAUUUGUAUGCAUUUGGUGGGAAGAAUUUACGCUUUAGCAAUAAUGGCACAGCUGAGAGAUUUGACACUGUGGAAAAUGAGUGGGAGAGAAUCGCAGAUAUGCUGGAAGAAAGAAGCGACGCUUUUGGUGUGGCCUCUCAAGAAAAAAUCUUCGUUGCUGGAGGAAAUGGCUUUAGAGGAAGAUUAGAAACUUGUGAGAUGUACAAUACGUUAACAAACGAAUGGCAACUUGUUGCAAACUUGAAUUUCCCACGCCGUUAUGGCAGUAUCGUUUGUCUGGACGGAAAGCUGUACGUACUGGGUGGAGAAAGUCAUUACAUCCGAAGUGUUGAAUGUUUUGACUCUGCAAACGACAAAUGGAUCCAGGAAACAACUAUUCCAGUGAAAAACAUCGACCCAGAAAAUAACGACACAUUCAGCGGCUGUGUUCUGAAGCUUUCUAAAGAAUUACUAGACAAACUUAUGAUUGUUGAGCAGUAGUCUCUCCGACUCUUAACAGAUUUAGAAUUAGUCAUGUUGUUCACAGCAGACAGCAGACACAGCCCUCCGUUUUAUAUUGCCUUAAUUUAGAAGCUCACUUAAGGAAAGGCUGGGUUUAAUCAAAGGUUCCCUCUCAUUAGUUACUGUUUGCUUUAAACCCAAUUCUUUAAACUCUCUCAUUAAAGAUAGCAUGCUUAGUCAUGUUUACAGCACAGGAAUUGUAAGUCGUUAAGCACUUUUCAUACUGAAUGCUUCCCAAGUCCAAACCAUAGCAUUGCUUGAGUGGACAUAGGAGUGUACCAGGAUCUGAGAGAGUAGAGUUAUACCAUUUCAUGAGUCAACUUUGAGCCCGAGUGAAGUUCGAGUCACAAUUUUUGUUUGAAACUGAAUACUGACUCGCCAGGUUUAAUGUAGUUUCUCUCCACCUCAUACAAUUGAAUUAUAAUUGUGGAGCCAUGCUUGGGAGGCAAUUGAGGAAGGUAUCAAGGGCUCAUGUGAUAAAGAUGUUUUUAUCCAAAAAGCCACCCCAGUCAGAAGUUUUAAGAAUGAACUUGGUGUGUUUCCCCUCCUCCCUCUGUAGCCUGGGCCAAUCUAUAUCCCGAGCAUUGCAUGGAUUUUUCAAGGGGGGUUCCCACUGUGACAAACAGAGGGUAUUCACCAGAUUGUCAAAGAAAAAGGUACCCCAGGACUCCCCUGGCUAUGCCUUUGCAAUUAGAAGAGGGGUCAUCAAAUUGGCUGUUUUAUGAAAAUGUUGGAUGGAAAACUAUAUUUUCCACCUCCUAAACACCACCUUUAGAAUUAUUAUGAAGUAAACUGAAGUUGAUUA